ACCAUGUCACUGUUAAAGUGAAGCCCCACUUUAUUUCCUUUGUACCCUUUCCCUUUGUACUUUUGUGUUACUUUGCCUUAUUUCUAACGACCCCCUUCAUUUUUCUUUCUUGGUUAACAGUUGGUUGCCAAAAAUACUCAAUUUUUUAAACCUUUCUUUUUUCCUACCAUUAUUGCACCAUCAUUUCUUCUUCUUCUUCCCUUUGUUUAUUUGUCUCUUUCUAUAUUAUUUUGUUGCACAGACCUUAAUGAACAAGUAUCCAUAUUAUACUAUUCGGUCUCUGUAACAACAAGUGCAGAGACCAAGAAUAAUGAAGGCCUUGAAUAACAACAACGUUAGCAAGAAACAAUUGUCCUUAGUUUUUGUAAAGUUUGCAGUUUGUUUUCUGUUGUUUGGUCUUGCCUACCGUCUGUUCUUGUCCAAUUUUCAACAGUUUUCUCAGAUUGAGGUGAAUGACACAGCUUUUGUUCCCGACAACACAUUGUCGCCGCCGGCCACCGUGAGUCAGCCGCCGGUAACCGGUGAUCUUCCAGAGAAUGUUGUGGACCGAACUUUGCAAAAUGAAAAAUGUGAUUUAUUUAUAGGAGAUUGGGUGCCAGAUCCCAGUGGUCCAGUUUACACUAACAGCACUUGCUAUACAAUUGAAUCUCACCAGAAUUGUAUGAAAAAUGGGAGACCUGAUACUGAUUAUCUUUACUGGAGAUGGAACCCAAGAGACUGUGAGCUACCAAGAUUUAGCCCUAAGAAAUUCCUUAAUUUAAUGCGGAACAAAUCAUUUGCAUUCAUCGGCGAUUCAAUUAUGCGCAAUCAUGUACAGUCAUUGCUUUGCAUUCUCUCACAGGAGGAACAAGGCGAUGAGGUCUACCAUGACAAGCAAUUUAAAAGCAGAAGAUGGUACUUCCCAACCCAUAAUUUCACUCUUUCUGUUGUCUGGUCGCCUUUUCUUGCAAAAUCCACUAUUUUUGAAGAUGACGAUGGAGUUUCCACGGACAUAAUCCAGCUUCAUCUUGACAAACUGGAUGAUGAUUGGACUCGACAAUUUGACAGUUUUGAUUAUGUAGUUAUUGCUGGUGGCAAGUGGUACCUGAAAUCUACAAUUUACUAUGAGAACGAUAAGAUUGUUGGCUGCCACUACUGCCCUGGUAAGAACAUUACAGAGGUGGGAUUUGACUAUGCAUAUCGCAAAGCAAUGAAUUCGACUAUGAAAUUCAUCACAAGCUCAAAGAACAAGGCGUAUACAUUUUUUAGAACGACUACCCCCGAUCACUUUGAGAAUGGUGAAUGGAAUACGGGAGGUUAUUGUAAUAGAACAGGACCCUUCAAACAAGAUGAGGUUGACAUUGGUUAUGUAGAUGAGGUGAUGCGCAAAAUUGAAUUAGAAGAAUUCGAGAGUAUAUCGAGAACAGAAUCUGCAGACAGGUUGACAAUGAAAUUGUUCGAUACCACUUUCCUUUCGCUGCUGAGACCAGAUGGGCACCCUGGAGUCUACAGGCAAUAUCAGCCAUUUGCUAAAGAAAAUAUGAACAAAAAGAUUCAGAAUGAUUGUCUACAUUGGUGCUUGCCCGGCCCAAUAGAUUCGUGGAACGAUGUAAUGAUGGAAAUGUUGUUCACCAGUUGAAAAUGGUGUGACAUUAGAUUUUGAUUUUGCUCCCACAAUUGUAAUUGUUCAUCUGCAAAAGAUGGUUGCACACUAUUUUUCACCAUUGUUUCCUCUCCAAGUAAAUAUUUUAACCCCCAAAGCUUCAGAUUGUGCAUAGUGACUACUGCUAAGAAUCCAUGUACAAGGAACUUGCAACCAUUGGAAGAUGCUUAUAACAAAAUCCACACUGUUGGCUCAA